UAGUACUUCUAAAUAAGAAGAAUUGACGAUUGUUUUUUAGUGUCUCAGUUUUAUUUUCUUAAAUUCUCAGUUGUAAUGUGAAUAGUGCCUUAUUAUUGCAAAUUAUUAAAGGUCCUAUCAUAUCGUGGUUGGGUUUUUUAGUUGUUCCAGAUUUAACCCAAAAUGGCAGCAAAGCCCGUAACCAAGAAACUGAUCAACUCAGUAGAGAGCUGUGUGGACGACAAUCUCCGGGGACUAGUGGCCAUGUACCCUAAGCUGAGGCUGCAUCCUAAGCAUCGAGUUGUUACCAUCAGGAACGAUAGGGACACCGGAAGAGUAGCUGUGAUCAGCGGCGGAGGUUCAGGACAUGAACCAUUUGCUUCAGGUUUUAUCGGCUCCGGCAUGUUGGACGGAGCAAUUGCUGGUGGAAUAUUCGCGUCGCCGCCAACCGGCCACGUCCUGUAUGCGAUCACACAUCUCCACAAAUACAAUUCUGGAGGCUCCAUCGUCAUACUAGGAAACUAUACGGGAGACAGACUGAACUUCGGCAAGGCUAUUGAGAAAGCUAAGAUUGCGGGCGUUAAGGUUAGAGAGGUGAUAGUAGCAGAAGAUAUCGCGUCCAGUCAUAACAAAACAGGUGGAAGGGGCUUAUGUGCAGAAGUAUACUUGUUCAAGCUAUGCGGGGCGAUGUCAGCGAAGGGCUACGAUUUGGAUUCCAUUCACAAGAUGGCGCUGGACGUCUGCAAACACAUGGCUACUUUGGGGGUUUGCUUGAGUCCGUGUUCCUUGCCUGGCCAGCCACCGCUUUUCGAAAUCGCGCAAGGAGAGAUGGAAUUGGGUGCUGGAGUGCACGGAGAAGCAGGCAUUGCUAAAGUCACGAUGGGGACCGCCAAGGAAGUCACUGCAUUAAUUUUAGAGAAGAUAGUAGAUCACUUGAAGCUGGUGGCAGGCGACAGGGUGACCGUGAUGCUGAACAACCUUGGAGGGACGUCCAUAUUGGAAGUUAAUAUCAUGUGCUCGGAGAUCAAGGACUAUUUCAGUAGCAAGAAAAUAAAAUCAGAGCGCAUAUUCGCGGGUCACAUGAAGACUUCACUAGAGAUGCACGGCUUACACGUCAGUGUCAUCAAACUGAGCAGAGAGAAUGGUGACUUCUGGCUGGAACUGCUUGAUGGUUCCACUGACGCUCCUGGAUGGACUGGAACUAGGCUGUCUGUUUGGGAAGACGGGCAAGUUGGAGAUGAUGAUGAUGUGCUAGACAACUAUACAAGAAAGGCUUCAGCGGGCCCAUCGCUGUCGCAAUCACAACAGGAGCUAUUCCGAGGGUGUCUCCAAGGUGCAGGACAGGCGCUGGUCAAGAGUGAGUCGCUGCUCAAUAAGCUGGAUUCCGGGUGUGGUGAUGGAGACUGUGGCACCACUAUCAAGCAGUUUGCUCAAGCAAUCCUAGACUACAUCAAGCAGGGCUCAGUGGAACACCCGUCCAACGUGCUGUGGGUGUUGUCGGAGAUCGCUGAGAAGGACAUGGGAGGGACUUCAGGAGGCAUCUACAGUUUGGGCCUAGCCGCUGCUUCACAAUCUUUUGCUUCGUCAAGAACAGUAAACAUUACAGCGUGGCUCGCAGCUUGGGAGAGCGGCAUGCAAGCCAUCACCAAGUACGGAGGGGCGGAGCCAGGAGACAGAACCAUGCUGGACACUCUGCAUACAGCGUCCGUGGCGUUCAAACAGAACCUGUCCAGUGAUCUGAAGACCCUGCUCCGUAAGACCGGGGAUGCAGCCGAAGUUGGGGCUAAAGCUACGGCGUCCAUGACCGCCAGGGCGGGUCGCGCGUCGUACGUGGCGAGCGGGUACACGCGCGAUGACGACGCGGGCGCACGCGCCGUCGCUAUAUGGCUGCAAGCGAUUGUCGACUUUAUGCUCAGUAAAAUAUAGUUCAAUUUCA